AUGGCCAUGACCAUGGCUGUGGCAAUAUGGCGCGAAGGGAAGCAAGCUAUUGCGGGACGCGACGCGCCUAGAGCCCGCCAGAGAGUCGAUGCGAUUGGCCAGUGGCCGAAAAAGAAGGCCAUGCCGAAACGGGCUUGGCGCAUUUUGACAGAUCGACGUCCAGUCCCAGCCCUUGUUCUGGAUGCGAAGUUUCCGACGGCAGAGCCCAUUCCCGUAUGCACAUGGCUCUUGGAUGUUGGCUCCUCAUUCGGCCCCUACGUAUGUACAUAUCAUGUUCACAAGGCUGAGCAGAGUACAGCCCCUGGAUUCGCUGCCGAAUUCCAUGUGCUGUCAAACACCAACAUCUUGCAGCCUUCAACGGCGCCACAUUGCCCGCUUUCUUGCUCGACUUCGCAGCCCACCACGCCCAGUCGUCAGGUACGCUGUGUACCUGCAUGUUGCUUCAAGCCCGGUUUGUCCGAUAUCUUUAAGCCACCGCAGGACUCCUCCUUCUCGGUGCGCCCCUACUGCCACUACCAAACCGCUACUCUUCGUACUGCCUCGUCUGGUCCCGCUAGUCCUAUAGCAUUAUCCUUCUACGGCGCUGUGGAGCGAGACUAUAUCCGCAUGACCCAGGUUUCCGUUUGCCUAACCCCUCCACCUGUCCCGCAGUACUUUAUCCGUUGUGCCCCUCCCGAUUCACCAUUUGAUGGCAGUAGGCUCAGACCGCUAUCAUUUCGUCGGAUUAAUUACUUCUGGCCGUACUUGCGGUCCAACAUGGUCAUGGUUGGAUACGCCAUACCGUUACGGAAAGUCGACCUUGACUUCAGCUCGAAAAUCCCCAUUCAACUUGACAAAGUCACGAGAUUGUAUACUACACAUCACGUCUCCCCCACAGCCAUGGAACAAGAAACGAAAAUGUGGAUCAUCCUUGGUGCAGUCCUCGGUACAUUAGUACUCAGUGGAACAACCGUCUUGGGCCUUUGCUGCUGGAAGCGAUCGAAGAGAAGAGUACGGGGUUUUUCGUUGCGAGCAGUUACGCCACUCGACGACGCCGAAUUUGAAUCAUGGCGACGACCGAGCCAGUACACACAACGCCCCGAAAAGUACAGCAUACGGCCUACCCAACCUGCAAUUUUACGGGAUCGGGUGUCUCCCACCUCUCCCAACUUGUUCGAGAAGGAGCUAGCCACAUAUGAGUUCCCACCAAGGACGCCAUCACCUACAGAUCGUAGUCUUUCGAUAAAGUCGCCAUACGAUUCUGUUCAAAGACCAGAAAAAGUACGAAGGAAGUCCAGCGUUGCAUCAUCACUAGCCGACCGUCCACCGACACCUUACUCGCCCACCUCGCCCACCAGUGGCUUCCAGCGGGCCUCGACCUCAUCCCGCAAAUCUCAGCCUCUGAUUGGCCAAACAGGCUCUAUGUCUGAAGCUUCAGCCUUCAGAUUCGAAUUCGCAAAUGAGUACGGCACACAGCAGAACCGCGAUGCACACUGGACAUCUGCCUGCACCACCUGGUACCAACUCCUGUGGUGCGACAACGUAAAAUGGUUGUCAACUUUCUGCGAUGCUGUAGGUACCUCGAUAUAUCUGCAUCGAACCAGCGACACUUUCCCAAGCGUCCAUUCAACAUAUCAUUCUCGCACAUACUUUUACGACGGCGUAAGACCGACUCUCCUUUGGCGUUUCUUUGGCGGUAAUUUCGCAUAUAUGAUACCAGACCACGCGUCACCUAUGCAGGCUUGGGCCUCUUUCUUAUACUGGCCAGUCGUACACUACGAUCGCAACGGCAUCUAUGUAGCAUCAGUGCUAUUAUGGACUUGGAUGAGUUCUCCUAUGUAG